CAUACUCCCCUAGUCCCCUAUAUCUAGACACUUCGUUGCUCUCUCUCUCUCUCUCUCUCUCUCUCUCUCUCCUGCAUUACAGUUUACAAGCCAUUGAAUAUCGAAGUCUCACAGCUUUAUAGUUUCGAGAAGUUCAACCACGUACCCGCGGACGGUCUAAUAGUUUGUAUUCCGGUGCAGCAUGCCGUGCCACAGGGUCUGCCAGUUCCAUUCCCCUCCAGGGGAUUACAACGGUAUGGCAGAUAUGAGGGCAUUUUGGGAGAAUUGGGAUAUGAGGAUUCUAAUUCUCUACAUCCUCCUCACCCAGUUGUACCUCCAUUUCUCCGGACGGAUCCGCAGACAGAGUAGGUCAUCGCUCAUCAUUGUCAACGUUUGGUUGCUCUACCUGUUUUCUGAUUUGUUUGCCACAAUUGCUCUUGGAAAGCUCUCCAAGCUCAAGGUCAACAGCGACGCCAAGGACUACCUCAAUCAGAUGAAAAACAGCACUUAUGACAAAGCAACGCACAGUUUUAAGAUCCCACCGCUCGAUUCUAAAGUGAAAAUGGGCAAAGACGCGCUUAGGGUGAUUUGGGCACCUCUCAUCUUGUUCUAUCUCGGAGGUCCGGAUACCAUUACCAUCCUACGCUUUGAGGAAAACAAGUUGUGGAUGAGACACCUUUCAGGACUCGGAAUGCAAGGCCUGAGAACAGCUUACGCCCUGGUAGCAACCUUGUUCAUGCCCGGGUCGAUCGCUUAUCUGGCACUGUUGCUAUGUAUCCCUGGAAUCAUCAAGUACGGAGAGAGAGUGUGGGUGGUCUGGUCGAACUCCAACGACGAUUACACGGGUCUGAUUCCGUUAGGUUCAACGCCCGAAAUCGACGAAUCCAGGGCUCCCCAACCCAGGGCAAGGCUAGCGCUCCUAGCCCAUUCCUGGUUGCAUACUUUAAGGCCUCAUGUUGAAGAUUACGAAUGUGUGGCAGGCGAAGUGAGGGCUUUGGUAACACAAUUCCGCGAAAGAAUUAGCACGGGUGAUGAAGCCUUCAAAUUGAUCGAGAUCGAGUUGGGUUUGAUAUAUGAGAUGCUCUUCAGCAAGGUAGGCACGAUUUUCACCUUAUGGGGAAGUAUUCUUAGAUUCCUGAGCUUCUCUUUCCUAGUUUCUCUGCUCGUGGUGUUCUUGAGCACCUUAAUGCGUAACAAGCUUCCCGAGCAUUUCAUAGGUGAUGAUGUGAUUACCAUCGUUCUGUUAGCUGGAGCUAUUUUUCUAGACCUUGCUGGUAUUGUUGUGCAACUUUAUUCGGAUUGGGCCUUGAUUUGGGCGUGUAACAAUAUUGAUCGAAUUAAAUGGGGGGCUAAUCCGGUUCUUUUUCUCCACAAAAAUAUAAUCUCUGACCGCAAGACGUGGUCUGGGGUCAUGGGGCAACUCAGUCUCCGGGAGUACUGCAAAAACUAUAAGCCAACCGUGUGCGAUAAGACGUGGGAGCGUCUUUUUGGCAAGGAAAAAAUGUUGAAGAGAUACAAAACACAGAAGAAGCUAGUCCCGCAUUUGAAAGAUCUAAUCUUCGAUGGCCUUCGCGCGAUAUCAGGUGUGAGAAGAGCUGAGUGGACCCUCUUAAGAGAUGAUCAUGCACAGCAGUUCAAGUACUGGAGGAAUGAACUAGAAUUUAGUCAAAGUAUUGUCAUCUGGCAUGUUGCUACCGAGGUUUGCUACUGGUCGGAUCCUGGUAACGUUGAUACGAAAGCACGCGUGGUCAAAAUGCUUUCCGAUUACAUGAUGUACUUGCUUGUCGCAUGUGCUCCUAGAUUUCCCUUCUGCAACAUAUGCGACGAGAUUAUGCAGAAUCGUAAAGAUAUGAAGGAACUUUUCGAUUCGUAUGAAGGGGUUGGGAAUAAAGGCAACACCACCGAUACCACACUUGUGAACAAGAAAAGGAUUGAGAAUAAAGGCAAAACCACCGAUACCACACUAGUGAAAAAGGCAGGGGUUGAGAAUAAAGGCAACAACACCGAUGCCGCACUUGUGAAGGAGGCACAAAGGAUUGUGCAUGGUAUGAAGGGGGAUUCGAACAGCUGGGACUGGGAUAUCAUGGGCCAUGCGUGGGUGGAGAUGAUCCGCUAUGCAGCGAGGGAAAACCCGGUGAAGAAUCACAUUGAAGAGCUUCGACGUGGGGGAGAGUUUUUCACCCAUGUCUGGCUUCUGAUUAUGCACUUGGACGAUUCGGAGAAGCUGAAAGGAAGAAAUUCUAGCCGGGUGGAUGAACAUGACAGUACACUUGAAGAUAGCAAGAAUUGGGAUCUCACAAGGUUUUGGGGAUAACCCUGCGGCAAAAUAUCGUCGGCUCGAAAAAGUUCUACUUAUGGAUUGCUUUUAAAGUGUGUUUAUUUGUUUUUAGGAAACACUUCCUUCUAUUCUGCUGUAAAAUUUCAGGACAGGUUGGUACUAUUAUGUGUGAUUGUGAAUGCCUGUGUGUGAUAUUCAUGUUGUUUAAUUGCUCAACUAUUGUAAUGAUCGAUGUUUCAGUCUCUUAGCACUA